AGAAAACAAGAACCAGCCAACCAACCAAAAACCUAGUGGUGUGACCCUAGCCAGGCUUUCUAAGGAGGCACAUGACUGUACUGAAGCUUGCAGUGAAAUUGCAGAGACUUUAAUGCUUUAAACUGUAUUAUUGACUAUUCUUUGCAGGAUGUAGAUGAACUCAGAGCAUGUGAGUGUGCUUAUGUUAUAAGCAUACUGCUAAAACUCUGUAGAGAAAUAGGGUUUUGAAGUGAGUUAAUGGAAAGUGAUUGCUUAUAGGUUUUGAGGAUAUUUUUUUCUUGCUUUUCCCCCUACAGCUGCCCCUGGAAGCAUUUUGGUUGCUUAGCUAGUCUGUUUGCUUAAGUUUUCUUAUCUCAGUGUUUUUUCAUAGGCAUUACAUAGAGAUGAUACAAAUUUCUGCUUGUGUCAUUUCAAUCUGUUGCUUCUUCACUACUAUAAAAAACUUGUCAGGGUUAUAAGGGGAUGUAUGAAUGCCAGCACUUCCUUUUAGUACCCAGACAUGAGAAAAAAUAUGGCAGUAUAAAGCACCUAGUGACUCAAAAUUAAGUUUUUGCUGGCAGAGAAUUUGCAGUAGCAAGGAAAAAACAUCUCCCUGUGCUUUUGUGCAGUGAAAAAAAAAACAGCUGAAAGGGAGGAAAUAGUGCAGGGCUCAAAAUGUAAGGAAACAUAAUCUCAUUUCUGCUUCAUUGCUACAAAGCUUUUUCUUACAAGAGGUCUUGGUUCAAAGUUCUGUUGCAGACAAUAAGUAAUCACAGCUGUUAACUUUGCAGUGGGUCACUAAUGUAGUAGGGCUGUACAGAAUGCCCCUCCAUUUCCAGACGUAGAUUUGUAACAAGGAGAAAAUUAAAAGCUUGUUUUUUCUUUUCUUUUAUUAUUUAAAGGCAAGCCAGCAGCAGCAUGGGCGCAUCUUCAGUAGUCAUCUCAUGGUAACAGCCUAGAAAAGCUGAGAUAAAAGUUUAGUCGUCAUUUGGACCAAAGAGAGAUGUAAAUUAAUACUUAAAUUAUUGGGAACAUUUAAAGAACCACUUUUAUGAAAGCAUGAUGUAAUUUUCAAGAGAGACAAUUUUUCAGGAAAAAGCUUUGCACCAGAAACAUCACAAGCUGUUAAGUAACUGCACUGAAUAAGUAUUAUCUUCAAAUAGGUUUUUGUAAAAGCAGCCAAAUUUGACAACUUCUGUCUUACAAGGAUAACCAAACAUAGCCAUAUGUUCAAGGAGGUCAACAAAAAUCUGUCUCCAGCCAACGUUAUCCCUUCCAAUGUAUUAUAUGAACCUGCUAGUUUAAGCUGCUUCGUCUUUCCACCUCACUGAUCCCUGCUGAUUUCUCUUGAGUACAAUGUUAAAUUCAGCAUUCACAGUGCUCAAGGGACCAGGAGAGCUGAAAUGUCAACAAGUGAAUAGAAAUGAGUUUCUCUCAUUGCUCAAGACCUUUGGAAGGGUAAAGUGCAUCAGAACAGAGCUAACUUCCCAAAGAAGUGGAUGUGGGGAAGGGGAAUGCUCUGCCUUCAGUUCCUGGAGAAGACAUCAUGUUUAAUAUCUUCAGCGCAGGUAGGUUUAGCUCUCCUGAAAAUGCAGCGAGGAAGAAAAGACAACAGGAAAGAAAAAGGGGAGGACAAGCCAGUCCUGUUAUCCUGCUUGAGAGGUCAGAAAGAAGGGUGGAGGAAAUAAAACCACGGGACUUCCAAGUUUGAUUUUGUUAUCCUUUGUAGCAUCACUUUGGAGGCACUGCAGUAGAGCAGUGCCAGGUUUUACAUGGAGCUGCAUAGAAUUAACUGGGUAGGCAGUCCAGAGAAGGUGGUAGCCGUGCUGUUCCACUGUUUCAAGAAUAAAGACUUUGUACUCUGUCUGGAAUUUGUGUGAAACCUCAGUGGCGGACCCGCUCACUGCUCCUGGCAGACAUCCCAGUGGCUUCUGCAUCCAGAUCUGGGCAAAGGGAGAUAGAGAGCAAACACUGUAAAUCCACUCCCACUUCCUCCCACGCACAUCUCAGGGGAUCAGGCUGUUUAGCAAACCAAAGAACAAGGAGAAAUUUCAGAGCAAGAAUAAUUUGUUCUCCAUGCUGUUAAAAGGAGCUGGCCUUUUUUGUUAGACUUGAUGUUUAUUGUGGCUUACUGGAAAUUGCUAUCUGCUGUUUUGGAUUUCUGUAAGUUCAACAGUACAAGUUUCAACAGUAAGUUGCUGUGCUGAUUUCUAGAGGAUGGUGUUUUUUAGAGUUAUGUUAUUUUUUUUGUUGUUGUUUCGCAGCUAAGGAAACUUGACUAGCCUUAGGCCCCAGUACAGUGUUUGUUGCACUCACAGUGAUGUCAGUGGGAGUGCUACUUUCAGAAGGAAUCAGUCCCUAAAAGAAAAAGAAUUAUAUGACAAAUGAUGUGCCUGUUUCAUAAAAGGGGAAGCCAUGAAGUUUACCAGGGAAGACAGCGGUAAGAAAAUCUUCAGGAGCUGCCGAAGCACUUGGCUCAUUUUAUGCUUGUUUCUAAGAACCUGUGUAUCAAGUCCUCCAAAACCCAAUUUUUUAUUGAUACUGGCUGAUGAUCUUGGUAUUGGAGAUGUGGGUUGUUAUGGCAAUGAUACUAUAAGGACCCCUCACAUUGAUAGUCUGGCAAAGGAAGGAGUGAGACUUACUCAGCACAUUGCUGCAGCUGCUGUUUGUACUCCCAGCAGAGCAGCCUUCCUGACUGGCAGAUACCCCAUCAGAUCAGGCAUGGCAUCCAACACACAACGGCGCAUUCUUUUUUGGAAUGCAUGUUCUGGUGGUCUCCCACCAAAUGAAACUACUUUUGCCAGAGUACUGCACCAGCAAGGUUAUUCUACAGCACUUGUAGGGAAGUGGCAUUUGGGUGUGAACUGCGAAUCCCACCGUGAUCACUGCCACCACCCUUUAAAUCAUGGUUUUGAAUAUUUUUAUGGCAUGCCUUUUACCAUUUUGAAUGAGUGUCAAAGCACUGAUGACCCCGAACUGGCCAAGUCUUUGCAAGAUACGUAUUGGCUUUACACACAGAUAAUCUUCCUUGCAGUGCUUACACUUUUGUUUGGAAAACUUACCAGCUUAUUCUCAGUAAAAUGGAAAAUCAUAGUAUGUGUGACCAUCUUUGGUCUCCUGUAUUUCCUUUCCUGGUUCUCCAGCUACGGAUUCACCAAGUACUGGAACUGCAUUCUGAUGAAAAACCAUGAUAUCACAGAACAACCAAUGAAUCUAGAAAAAACUACUUCUAAUAUGCUGAAGGAGGCAGUUUCAUUUAUUGAAAGAAACAAGCAUAGACCGUUUCUUCUCUUUUUUUCCCUCUUACAUGUUCACACUCCACUCAUUACCACAAAAGAGUUUCUGGGAAGAAGCAGACAUGGCCUAUAUGGAGAUAAUGUAGAGGAGAUGGACUGGAUGGUGGGUAGGCUUCUUGAUGUUAUUGACAAAGAAGGCUUGAAGAACACCACAUUUAUUUAUUUUGCAUCUGAUCAUGGAGGAUCUGUAGAGGCUCGCAGAGGAAAUGCCAGAUUGGGUGGAUGGAAUGGUAUCUAUAAAGGUGGAAAAGGAAUGGGAGGCUGGGAAGGAGGGAUCCGUGUUCCAGGAAUAGUUAGAUGGCCUGGAGUAUUGCCUGCAGGCGUAGUUAUCAGUGAACCAACAAGCAUUAUGGACAUUUUCCCAACAGUGGUUCACCUGGCUGGAGGGAUAGUGCCUCAGGACAGGGUAAUGGACGGGCGCACCUUGCUGCCAUUACUGCAGGGAGCAGUGCAGCACUCGGAGCAUGAGUUCAUGUUUCACUACUGCGGUGUGGUUUUGCAUGCAGUGCGGUGGCACCAGAAAGACAGUGGCACCAUAUGGAAAGCUCAUUAUGCUACUCCACUAUUCCAACCAGAAGACUCUGGAGCUUGCUUUGAAAGAGGAAUUUGCCCAUGUUUUGGGGAUGGUGUAACCCAUCAUGACCCUCCGCUGCUGUUUGAUCUCUCACAAGAUCCUUCAGAGGCAAAUCCUCUAUCCACAGACACCGAGCCUUUGUUUGAUUCCAUAACGAAGAGGAUGAGAGAAGCUGUAGAAGAGCACCGUAAGACGCUGAGACCAGUCCCACAGCAGCUGUCUCCUUACAAUAACGUGUGGAAGCCGUGGCUGCAGCCCUGCUGUGGCACAUUCCCAUUCUGCUGGUGUGAUAAAGAAAACGAGGAAGACGAUGACACACUUCAAGACCAAAAUCAAAACAGAGUUAGUUAAAAAAAAAAAGUACCAAUUUUCACAUUCACAUGACUACAGUCAUACAGAGAUAGAGGACAAAUUACACCGGAGUAAUUGAGGGGGACAUUGUUGAUGCUUUUUGUUCAGCCUUUUCUUCACUAAGCCUGUAGUUUUAAGCAGUUUUUUAAGAAAUGCUCCAAACACACUCUGCUCGUGUUUCCUGCGUCAUCUAUGCCUCAGACGGAUAGUUCUAGAUCAAAUACACAGAUAACUGAACCAAAAUUUCUUUCCUCACUGAUUUUAAACAUAAGAAAAUUAUGGAUGACAAGAGAUUAGACUUGAAUUGCUGCUGUUUAUGCAGGUAAUAUGCUUGUUAAGGCAAAAGGUCCGAGCUCAAGAGGAUCUCCCUUCAAGAUCUUCUCCUUUUAAUGAAAAAGCUGUUGUGUGCUUAAUGGCACAGUUGUGCAUUUAAUUUGGAGACACACCAAAACACACUGGCCUCUAAGAAAUAAAAACAUUCUAGCUUAUAGCAAUA